GCUGAAGAAUUCCUUACCGCAACACGGGCGGAUAGUCGGACACAUCUAAUUAGGCGGUAAAAUUCCGGUGUCAUCGGAUGUUUUCCUUCGUCUCCGGCGAUCUCCCUCCGGUAAACUGAUCGUUGAUUUGAUUUUUUCGAACCCGUAGCUCCACCCUCCUACCAGGCCGGACUUUCCACUACCGACUGCGCAAGAUACAUUUAAUCGCUUUCUUGGUUAUUCGCUCAAACGUCUUCGUCGCUCGCCGUUUUCACUGAAUACCUCUACGCUAUGUGGCGAAGGUCAAUUCUGAAAUUAUCAUCUCGUCAAUCUGUUGGAAGGACUCCGAGGCAGAGUUCACCCCAGGUGCAAUGUUGGCAUACACCCCCAUGUAUUUCUACGAGAAGGGAAUUUUCAUCUGCGCCCAAACAAAAUCUGAAACCACAACCUACAAAUGUGCCACCUGAUUCUGGAAAUUCCAUCCCAAAAGUUGUCUUCGGCAGUGUUGUUAUUGGUGCUGCAGUUUUUGCAGCUUACCAAGCUGGCUAUCUAGACCAACGAACUGUUGAUAUAGAGCAGAAUCCUUCUGUAGAGUCAACUAAGACAGUUCAGAAAAGUGAUUCCGACAAUGUCCAACCUUUGGUGGUGCAGAAAUUUGAUUUACCGAGUAGUGAAGAAACUGAAAAAUCAGAUAGUGUUAGAGAAGAAACUGAGAGCUCAAAUCCCAUUGUGGAGUCCACUGACCAGAAAGCUGGGACAGAUGCCCACCUUUCUCAUCUUGAUGCUUGGGGCAAAGAGAAAGAUGAUAGUCAGUUUGAAGACAGUUCCAGGACACUGCCACAUGAAAAAAUUGAGGAGGAAAACUUGCCAGAAUUUACUCAAAGUGGCAGUCAAAUAGAGGAUGAGAAUCUUGGAUCUAAAACAUCUACAGAUGAAAACUUGAACAUGCAAAGCACAGAGUUGAGUACUAGGGAUUGGCCUCACGAUGAAGUUCAAACUUCACCAAUAUCUAGCAAGACAGAUGCAGAACCCGCACAGGUUGAUAUCAGAAUACCACCACAAGAAGAUACAAUUGCAGAAGAAAAACUGAAGGAGUUGAAUGAUACAAGUGAAGAUACAGGGGAGCCAAGUUCUCUUCUCGAGGCCUACCAUUUGAAGGGUGAGGCUGGCAUGACUUCCUUGGGUGGUGGAAGCAAAGAUGAAACUAACAAGUUUUCCAAAGAAAGAGAGGCUUUAAUUGCUGAAAUUGAGGAGUUGAAUGAUGGCUACAUAUCCAAGGAUGGGAAAUUGGUCAUUGAUUUCUUACAAGCUAUUCAUGCUGCUGAAAAGCGGCAAGCUGAGCUGGAUUAUCGUCGUUUUGCUGAUGAAAAGAUGGCACUGAGGAACAAAUUGGAUGAAGCAUUGAGGGAUGCUCGGGUUAAGGAAGUUAUGCAUGCAGAAAAGGCUGCUAUGUUGGACAAGGAGUUAAAACGAGAGAAAACAAAAGCAGCUGCUGCUCUGAUGUCACUACAAGAGAAAUUGGAAGAAAAAUUUCAGAAGGAACUUGAACAGAAGGAAAAUGAGUUAGGAUCGAAGUUGAGAAAACUUGAAGAUCUGGCAAAAGCAGAGUUAGCUGCAGCAAUUGCAAGUGAGAAGGCCGCUCAGAUAGAAAAGAUGGCUGAGGCAAACCUUCAUAUUAACGCCCUUUGCAUGGCAUUCUAUGCAAGGUCUGAAGAAGCUCGUCAAAGUCACUCUGCUCAGAAACUUGCAUUGGGGGCACUGGCACUUGAAGAUGCUCUUUCAAAAGGGUUACCAAUCCAGGCUGAAAUAGAAGCAUUACGUGUUAAUCUUCAAGGCGUUGACAAAGAUUCUAACUUAGAGCUGAUCCUUUCAUCCAUUCCUAAAGAAAUAUUGAAUCAUGGCUCAGAUACAUUGUUACAGAUGACACAAAAGUUUGAUGCAUUAAAAGCACCGUUACGGCACUUGAGCCUGAUCCCACCAGGCGGUGGUGGCAUCUUGGCGCAUUCUUUAGCUCGUGUAGCAUCCUGGCUUAAGGUGAAGGAGGCCGACCAAUCUGGUACUGGGAUUGAAUCUAUCAUCAACCAAGUGGAGUCCUGCCUGGCUGAAGGAAACUUGGCUGAAGCAGCACAUUCUCUUGAAGAAGGUGUUAAAGGCACAAAAGCAGAAGAGGUAGUUCAUGAUUGGGUAAGACAAGCAAGAAAUCGAGCCAUUACGGAGCAAGCCCUGACCCUGCUUCAACUAUAUGCCUCAUCAAUAAGCCUUACUUAACAACUCAAGUAAUUUGCCAUCUCUGUCUCCGGUAUGCAGGCACGGGUUGUGUGGUUUUUGGGUAGUACAUAUUUAUUACCUUCACGUCGCACCUCUUAGUUGAAGGUUCUAUCUAUAGAGCAUCUAAAAUUCUAUGUUUACCCAGGGAACGAAAAGAUCACGAGUUUUCAAGCAACAGGAACGCAGAUUCUUGGAUAGCAACAUUCUUUCUGUAUGACCUUAAUAAAAAUUUUUGUAAGAACAGAUUUUACUUCUGCUGCAGCGCCAAGAACAGCAACUGGAGCCAUUCGGGCACUUCUCAGGCCUACGCCAAACUCACAUUGCAACCUUUUGUCAAAGUGGGUUAGUUGCAAAUACCUGGUUUUUGUUUUCACUUGAGAAGCACUUUUAUUACUUUGCUUCGACAGGCAUUGCUUUUGAUUAACGUGUUUGAUUAUAAGCAUGUUUGGUGGUUAUCCCAGAUCUGGCUGAAGGGACCUUGGCGGUAGUAUUUUGCUUUCAGUACUUAUGUUUAUGAUUAGUUAUUCUCAAAGGAUAUACAUUUCUCAUGUCGGAGAUCUGCUAUUAGAAAUUGUUGAAGAAAUCGUGUUACUUAGAAAUAGAUGAUUCUUGUCGGACCCUUUUUUCAAAAUUAGGGAGAGGAAAAUAUUCUUAAUAUAGGAUACUAUUUGAGGGCCCCUUUGAGGCAGGAGUUUGGCAUCUAGUCUAGUAUGUUGUGGAGUUUAAAUAGUGGAUCUAGGAAACCUCAGUUAUAAAAACUUUGGAGCUUGCUAACAGUAAUUUUGAUGUGGUAGGAAACCUAUGGAUAUUUCCAAUAAAUUCGGACUUCAUAAA